AUGGCCCGUACCAAGCAGACCGCUCGGAAAUCCACCGGAGGAAAGGCCCCGCGUAAGCAGCUGGCCACCAAGGCAGCCCGUAAGAGCGCACCAUCGACCGGAGGCGUAAAGAAGCCGCAUCGUUAUCGCCCGGGAACGGUGGCUCUACGUGAAAUCCGUCGUUACCAGAAGUCGACCGAGCUGCUGAUCCGCAAGCUGCCGUUCCAGCGUCUGGUUCGUGAGAUUGCGCAGGAUUUCAAGACCGAUCUGCGUUUCCAGAGCGCGGCCGUUGCUGCCCUGCAAGAAGCCAGCGAGGCCUACUUGGUGGGCCUGUUCGAGGACACGAAUUUGUGCGCGAUUCACGCCAAGCGCGUCACCAUCAUGCCCAAGGACAUUCAGCUGGCUCGCCGUAUCCGUGGAGAGCGCGCUUAAACUGUAAAUCACUGCUCCAUUAACAAAACU